UAAUUUCUAGUGAUCCUGUCUGGAUGUGACACGUCCUUUUCAGCCAAGCAUUGUUUAGAUGCUGAUUUACGUGUGUUUGUUGCACUUUACCACCACCUCCUCCACACCCCCAACAGGGGCUGGCAAACUUUUAAAGGAUCAAUGCAUCCAACACCAGCUACCCUUCAUUGAGCCACUUGAGCCUGGAGCAGAUGGAAAGAUUAUAGUGGGGGAAAGUAAGCAAGCAGCAGAGAGAGUGAACUGGAAGAAGCCAUGCAGAGAAUGAGGCAGCCCAGCGACGAUGCUUGAUGAACUGAACCACUGACCACCAGAAAGUCUUUGUUUCACUUUGACUGAGCCUGAGAGAGACCAAGGAAUCAGACAGGACAGGACUCAGGGGAGGCAUCUACUCAUUGUCCCAGCUGACGGGCAAAACCCAGCCCAGGACUUGGAGAGAAAGAAAGAGGCGCACUCUACAGACAAGCUCUGCAGAUGACAGUUAAAGCAAAGAGGCAGGAGGGGAUGCUCAGAGGGAACAAAUAGUGAAGACAAAAGUGAAAGAAAUAACAGGAUUGCUACAGACGUGCCCACAAAGACUGCUCAAAGAACAGGUGACACAAAAAGCAAGUGAAACAGGGAGUGAAAUAGCAAGAGCAGACAGAGGGACAGAGCUAGAUAAGGAUGGCCAACUCAGGUCUCCAGCUGCUGGGUUAUUUCUUGGCAUUGGGUGGUUGGAUUGGCAUCAUCUCCACCACUGCUUUGCCCCAGUGGAAGCAGUCCUCAUACGCUGGUGAUGCCAUCAUCACGGCUGUGGGUCUGUACGAAGGGCUGUGGAUGAGCUGUGCCUCGCAGAGUACAGGACAGGUGCAGUGCAAGAUCUUUGACUCCAUGCUCUCGCUGGACAUCCACAUCCAGACAUGUCGGGCCCUCAUGGUGGUGUCAGUACUUCUGGGCUUUAUUGGCAUCAUCGUCAGCGUGGUGGGCAUGAAGUGCACUAAGGUGGGAGAUAACAACCCAGCUACUAAGACCCGCAUUGCUGUGACCGGAGGCGCUCUCUUCCUGCUUGCAGGUCUAUGCACACUAGUGUCUGUGUCCUGGUAUGCCACUCAGGUGUCCUAUCAGUUCUUCAACCCAAAUACACCGCCCAAUGCCAGGUAUGAGUUUGGCUCAGCACUCUUCGUAGGCUGGGCAGCAGCCAGUCUGACAGUUCUGGGUGGUUCGUUGCUGUGCUGCUCGUGCUCAAAAGACGAUAUGCGUGGGCAGCAAUAUUACCGCCAGUCACAGCCUUCCACUGCCAGGGAGGCAGAGUUGUUGAGUGAAACUAGUUUCCCUGACUGAUCAGCUCCUGCCUUUUUAUCGAGGACUGUCUGACUGUCCAACCACUGUCUUCCCCCUUUUGUCCUUUUACCUCUUAGAACUUAAAUUUGGAUCUCUUACAGUACAACAUUUCCUUUCUCUGAGUACUAUAUCCGCACCUUAUCGGUUUUAAUGGGAACCAAGAUGCAUUGGCUUUUCUCAUUUUUCACCUACCUUCUGAGCCUUUCCUGUAAAUAUAAACUCUCAAAGGUUGGGUGAUCAGAUCUUCUAUUUAAGAAAUGAUGUGGUCUUCAGUUCAGCCUGUCAACCCUCUUCUGCACUUCCCACAGCCUGGUGUCCCAUUAUUGGCUAGAAGUUAACAAUGUGUUGAAAGUCUUUCUGGUUUUGUUGUGCUGAUUUAUGAUUACACUUAUAUCCUAUGACCUCUGGGUUUUUUUGUAAAUGUAUUUUUAUUUUGCCAGCUUUGACUGUACUUUGACUGAAAUGUGUCUUUUUUUCCUUUUUGAAUUGCAGACCAAAUGUUAAAAGUACCCCACCAGAGAAAAGGGAGCAGUACUUGUAGUUUGGGAGAGUCUUCUGGCCUUGCCAUGGUUUAGCUUCUGCAAAACAGACAAAACCCUCUCACUGAGGAGUUCAAAACAGACAAACAGAUGACAUUAAAGAAAGAAUUUAUGAACAGCAACAGCAUGCAUAUUGCAGCAACAUAAAUAAGUGUGGAAUUUAAAACAAAAAUGUUUGGGAAGAUUUUAUUAAAUAGUUGUUUCAAGGGGACUGACAAAGAUGAUAUCCUUGUCUCGUCUUGUCUGUUUUGUUGACUUUGGGAGAAUCAUUCAGGACAUACUUCCUAUAACAUGUUAAAAUGCCCCAGUGUAUAUACCACCUACUCUAUUCUUUCUUUCUUUCAUUCUUUUUUUUUUACUACAUCUAUGUUUUAUUACAGUGUCUUAAAACUCCUCUUUGUGCACAUGUAUGUUUUUGACUUCAUGGGUUUGUUUUAGUCUCCCAUCCCAUCUGAGAGAGAUUUGUUCCCAUAGCUUCUCAGUCAUUAGUUCUGUAUGCCUUUAUUUUAUUACUUUUGGAUUUCUGAAAAUGAAUUUGAAGCUACUUUACAGUACUACUUCUUAAACAAAGGAUCUUCAGCCAAUUUUAUGCCACCCUUUGUAAGAAACCACAUGUGCCUGUUUCCAAGUAACCUGGAUUGAGGAUAUACCCAGUACAUUUAUUUUGUUCAGUGCCAUUGUGAUUUUGUGUGAAUGAGAGAGUUGUUGUACAGUUGACUCUAAAGGAUGUGCUGUACUGUGUGCUGUCUCCUGUACUAAAGAACACAAGUUUGCUGACUGUUCAAUUGUCCUUCUGAUGCCUGCAUUUAUUUACUAUUCCCUUCCUUUCUCUAAUAUUUACCUCCAUGUUGUGUAUCAUCUCAUUCACAGUAUAGCCCUAUCUGUUGUUGUUUUGGGUUUGUUUGUUUUUUUCAGAAUAAAGUAAACAGAGACAUGAAAAUG